CUUCUUGCAUUGCUCCAGGAACCUGUUUAAGCUUGGUUAGAAUCCUUGGCCAGUAGGAAUGAAGGCUCUGCAGACGAAGUUAAGCGAAGUUUUCAGUUUCCAAAGAAACUGUUUAGCUGCGUUUGCAAUUGUAAGUGAAAUCAGGGCGUUUUCAACUAGUACCAAGGCUUAUACUUGUUUAGAUUUCUUCCCACCGGUUGCGUCAACAUCACCUGCAGUUUACUCUCUUAAAUGGUCUUCCUAGUCUUCCUUCCUUUCAUAGAUCAAAUCCUUUACUGUCUUCCCCAUUUUAACAAAAAGUAAAAAAAAAAAAAUUCAGUAGGUGAGAAGUUACAAAUAUUUCGCCUUUUCUGCUCUCGUGCGAUCGAAGUUUUUCUGGGAUGUGAAUGGGUAAGACUACUUUUUUAUGCCUCAAGGAGCGACAUCAGCCAUGUCAGCUGCAAAACGUUGCCUAAUAGACUUAGCGACCCCCCAUUUCUUUUUGCUUUUUGGCAUAAGUUGAUCUUUACCUGCAAUUUUUGAAAAAAUUCUGAACGUGGGAACAUUUUGGGCCCGAAAGUCCUUAAUUAAGGUUGCCUAUUUAUUAUACUUUUGUUGUCGCUGUCUCGCUGACGUAUUCGUCGUUGCUUUGUUUUUUUGUUUUUUUGUCUUACUCUAUCAUAACUCGUCACAUCUAUUCAUUUAUCCUGAAUAAACCUUUAUUAUAUUGGAUUUUAUUGUGUUGUACGGGAAAAAAGAAAAGAAACGAAGCCCGUGAAUAACGCGACCGGGAGCAAUGACAAGUACUUGAAUUCGCAGUGUACAGCUCACCUGGGUGUAUAGCAAGCUUAGGUACCUGAACUGAAAAAAACUUUGUUGAGUUAUACCCAGUAAAACAAAAUAUGGUUGGAACGGAGACGAAAAAGUAAAUGACCCUCUGUAAGAUGUAAGCAUCUUUUGUUUGAAAGAGCAGAUGGACUUUGAACGUACUGGUUAUUUGCGUACAUGUCGCAAUUUGCGAAAUGCCGGCACAAGGACGUUCUGUCCUACCUGAAUUACCUGAAUGGCGUCGGUCGCGCGUAAUAUCAAAUACAGCAAAUCAGCACGGAGUGCUUGCGUCUGAACUGAAGAAAAAACUGAACCACUUUGAAUUUUUUUCUGCGGACACAAGCCCUCCACUGUGACAUUUGCUCUGUACUUUAUUCACAGGUGGCCCAAACACCUUGGCUGCCCUAAAUGUCAUUCAGUUGCGCGGAAACAGAACGUAAAUAAUUUAAAGUUUGUAUAGGAAUGUAACGAUCUGAUAUAUGACACACACAGUUCGAAAUAUGGAAAAGAAAUUCAAUAAGAAUGACUUGCUUCGACCAUUCUGUAUGCUACUUGUGUUUCGGUAGCGUUUUGGGGUUGUUUCAAAACAGUUCCAGGGAGUCAGUUUAGUUUCACCAGCUGUUUUCCUCGCGAUAUGUUAUGUAAACAGACUACACUGACUAGAAACACAGAAGAGAAGCUUACUGAAAUUCUUUUCCAUAUUUCGAACUUUUAUAAAUGAUCCGCGUUACUCUGGUUACUUUCCUGCAAAACUCUUAUAUUUACGAUGUUACGCAACCGGAGAAGCUUAGGAUACCCGUGCUUUAUAUUCCCGACCCGAUAAUAAACCCGCGUAAAAUAACGCGACAGUGGAAAUUCACCGCGCGUGAGGGCACGACAUGGAAAUUUACUGACUUAAGCAUUGCACAACAUACUGUGGAUGUUCAUACAGAAGAUUUUUGGAAUUGUAUAUAUCUAUCUGGUUGCUUUUAGUUGAAAUUUGUCUUUCCUCACUGUCCCAGCUCUUGGACCUCUCUGCGGAAAGAAAUGUAAAGACACCGCCUUAUUAAAGAAAACCGUGUUGAUCAUGGAAAUUUACUGUAGGACCAGCCAUAAAUAACCUCGCAUUUUUCUCCUGCAUGCCUGCUUGACGAAACCUUGAUAAGUGACCUCUCUGACUCUUUUGAGGAAAAUGGUCGUUACGCAAACGCCUAAUAGUUGCGAGGUCUUGCAUGACCAAGACCAAUAUCAACGUGAAAAUGAAAUUGAGAAUACUUUGUUAAUAUAUUGGCUAACUUGCAAAGGAAGGCCGCCAUUUUGAAUUAUAAGAAUGAAAAUCUUUCCUUGGACGCUUCUUUUUCAAGUUCGUGUACGUCUUUAUAAUCGCUCGACAUGAUUCGUUGUGCAUGCUAGGGGGUGCGAACCGGAAAAUUACUUGGUUAGUAUAAUCGCGUGCAAACAGUCUUCCUUCACUGCACGUAAAUGGUUUAUACAUAAAUGGUUUAUGAGUAAACAGUGUAGUUUGCAUUACACCGCCCGUACUGAGAAAUACAGGUAAUUAAAACAAGCUUAGUUGGGUAAAUUAAACAUUUAUUCUUACUUUUCAGUUUAGUUUUUUUAGUGUUUACAAAUCACCGGAAGUUAAUUUGAUUGGCUUGCUCUUCGUGAAAGAACACAUGCGUGCAACUCACGUGUAGCGCCAAAGUCCGAUCACUGCCUCCUAAACCAACAACAACCGUACACGCGACUUCUUCGUCUGGGCUAGAUCGCAGGCAGAGCGUGUACAAGUGUGUACAAUUAAUUUUAUGUUUUUCGUCGAAUUAUAAGUUGUUAUAGCACCAAAAGGAAUAACUCUAAGAAAGAAAUAUGGUGCGGCCGAAACACGGCUAUCCGCCGAAACAAGGGCUUUAUUCGCCGGAUUUUGAGAAAGAAGCAUGUGGAGUUGGAUUUGUGGCGAAAAUCAAUGGAGAGAAGAGCUUUCAGGUUUUGUCCGAAGCACUUACAGUGUUGGAGAGAAUGAAACACAGAGGAGCUGUUGGAUGCGAGGAGAACUGUGGAGAUGGUGCUGGAGUUAUGACGGGAAUUCCACAUGCCUUCUAUGAACGAGUUAUAGAGGAAGGUAAACUGGGAUUCACUUUGCCAUCAGCUGGUGAUUAUGCAACUGGAAUAUUCUUUAUUGACACUGACGCAAACAAGGCCAAAGUAUGUGAAGACAUGUUUGCAGGACUUGCAAAAGAAUGCCAAAUUGAGGUUCUAGGUUGGAGGGAUGUACCAUUUGAUAACAGCAUGAUUGGAAAAACUGCUGUGGAAAGUCAGCCACUAAUGAGACAGGUGUUUGUGACAAGCUCACUGGACCAGGAAACUUUCAAGAAGCAGGUUUAUCUCUUGAGAAAAAUGGCAUCAAAUAGGAUUGGUACAAAAAAUCGACGAUUUUACAUCUGCAGCUUAUCCUGUGACACAAUUGUCUAUAAGGGAAUGUUGAAACCAACACAGCUUAAAGGUUUUUUUCCUGAUCUACACUCUGAGGAUUACUGGACCCACUUUGCCUUGGUUCAUGGUAGAUUUUCAACAAACACAUUUCCAAGUUGGGAGAGAGCUCAUCCAAACAGAUAUCUAGCCCACAAUGGAGAGAUCAACACGAUAAGAGGGAACAUUAACAACAUGAACACAAGAGAGGGAACCAUGUUCAGCAAGUACUAUGGCAGCAACACACAAAACCUGUUUCCAGUUAUAGAAGCAGACCUGUCAGACUCUGGUUGCGUUGAUAAUGUGCUUGAACUUCUUGUCAUGGCAGGAGGCCGCUCACUUCCAGAGGCCAUAAUGACAAUGGUGCCAGAAGCUUGGCAAGGGAACAGUCUGAUGAGUAUGGAAAAACAACAUUUUUAUCGCUGGAUCUCCUGUACAAUGGAGGCGUGGGAUGGUCCUGCCUUGUUCACAUUCUCUGAUGGGCGGUAUAUUGNUAAAGUUACAGGUAUUGAACACAAUAAAACAAAGAAAAGAACCAGGAUAUUUAACAGUUAA